AAGGCCCAAAGUACUGCGGAGCGCACAGUUAUUUUCCUCACCCAUCUUCUCAUUUCGGCGCAAUGGAGCCUUCCAAAUCAUCUGUGGGCCCCUUUUCCACCCCUCUCCUUUCGCUCUCCGCCUUCUUCCACCGGCACUCCGCCCGCUUCGGAGCCGAGCUCUCCGGCCGAUUGGAUGAAGCCAAGCGUUUUGGCUCUAAAUUAGCCGCAAACUUCAGCCUUCUACCACCACCGCCGCUGACGGUGGUUGGAAAUCGUUUGCAUCCAACGCUUUCAUCUCCCUUGUCGUCUCUCCCAUUUGCUUCGGUGUCGCAGAAGACUGGAGAAGGCUCUGGAUUGAGCUCCGACCGCCUUUCCAAAGCUCUGCUCGGAACUUCAGUAUUCACCGUCAGCAACUCAAACAAUGAGUUCGUGCUCAUCUCCGAUCAAAAUAGCGCGAAAUCUAUUGGUUUGCUUUGUUUUCGCAAAGAAGAUGCCGAGUCAUUUCUCUCUGAGGUGCGUUCCCGCAGGGGGCAAGUCAAAGGCGGGGUUAAGGUCGUUCCUAUUACUCUCGAUCAGGUUUAUAUGUUGAAUGUUGAAGGAAUUACAUUUCGGUUUGUGCCUGAUCCAGUUCAAAUAAAGAAUGCUUUAGAGCUAAAACCUAAAAGUUCUACAAGCGGAUUUGAUGGAGUCCCUGUUUUUCAGUCAGACCUCCUUGUUGUCAAGAAGAGAAACAGGCGUUACUUGCCCAUAUUCUUCAGGAAGGAAGAUAUAGAGAAAGAAUUGUUGACUGUGUCACGUGCAUCAAGGGGAGGAUAUGGUGCAUCUCAACACAUAAUGGUGGGGAGUCUGGAAGAUGUGUUGAUAAAAAUGCAGAAAAGUGAAAAGAACUCAGGUUGGGAGGAUCUAAUCUUCGUUCCACCCGGUAAAAGUCAUUCACAGCACAUUCAAGACAUAGCGAAAUCAUAGUGCCUUUGGCUAAUGAGGUAGCGGAACGAGCGGGUUAUAUUGUAUUAUCAAGGAUUUUCAAGGUCUCCAAGCCGUCUGCGUGCAACAUAGCAGUUCUAGGCGCUAGUCGAAGGUCAAGUCGAGCUCUCCAAAAUGACCGGACGACUAGUUGUGGACUAGGCGACGACUUAACAACACUGAUGCCAAGUCAAAACUAAUUAUUCAAUACCAUAUGCAGAUUAAACUGAUUUUGGGACUUUGGCUACUAAACGAGCCCAUAUUUUAACAAUGUUAAGAAAGAGUUGAUUUGGUGGGCCUCAAGUAUCCCCCCUCCGUUCGAUGAAGUCAGUUUUGCGUCGCUGAGAUUUUAUUUACUUUUUCUUUGUUUUUCGUGUAGGGUUAUUGCAAGCGCAUAAUAAGAAAAAUGGAGACUUCUCAACUGUAAGAUGUAUGAACAAUCAUUCUCUCAGCCUAUAAACAUAAGAUGUUUUGGUGUCCCAAUUAGCAAUCACUUUUUUGGCCAAUCUUGGACAACUAACAGAAGUAUUUAAGGCCUAUUUGCUUAAAAUUCAAGUAUUGUCUUGGAAUUCAGAAUGAGGCACUCCAGGUAUGCUCUUUGGUAUUGAGCGUUUCGAUUGGACUGAGGAAUAAAAUUAGAGUUUGGUCCUCCGAAGAUGAAUGCAUGAUUGCUUUAAGCUGAAGCUAUAGUUAUUAUCUUACUGUGGACGGUGUAGUCUUGUAACUUUCCUUGGUUCGUCGUGUAAUUGCCGAAGAAUCUAAUUGUCAGAAUGUAUUCGAUAUGUGAGAAUGUGCUUGGAGUUAUUUAUAGGAAAUGAGUUUGAGGGGUUUAAAGUAUAUGGGGUUGGAGAUAUAAUUUUGGUCACAUUACACAAUAUAAGAAUUAGCUAUUU